UUGGUUGUGAUCUAUGUUGGAGUUCAGGCUUAUCCUUCAAUGGAACCGCGUCAUAAUACUUGCGAAAAUGAGGAACGUUAUGAGAAUCAGGCCAUGUGUGCGGGCAAAGAAUAUGGUUGUCUUGUUCCCUAUCCCGAUAAUUGUACACAAUAUUUGGUCUGCGAUUGUCUAUAUCCAACGGUAAUGAGAUGUCCAGCGAAUUUAUGGUUUGAUAAUACAACAAAAAAUUGCAAUUUUCCACAAGGAAUGGAAUGUAUAUUCUAUACAUUUGAUAAUGCCGAAAGUUCUACUCAAAUCGUAACAGAAGGUACAACAGUAGGUCUAUCGACCACUACGGAGAAGAUUACAACCACUCCUACUACAACAACUGCACCCAAAACAACUACACCCAAAACAACCACACCAAGAACAACCACCACACCGAUAACAAACACACCGACAACAACCACACCAAGAUCAACUACGCCGACUAUAACGACAAUCACCACACCCAAAUGGGAGACAACAACAACUAUCGGUGGUUCAGGAUCAAGCACCAGCAGUUGGGAUCCAUCGCCUCCACCGCCGGGCAUUUCUGAUGACUUUUGCCGUGGUCUAGCCAAAGAUCAACCCGUCUAUCGUUAUCCAUAUGACUGUAAUGCGUAUAUUAAUUGCACCACUGGUUAUCCGGUAUUAAAUUAUUGCGAAGAUGACAAAUAUUUUAAUGAAUUCUUGUCAAUAUGCGAUACACCCGACUCUGUGGGUGAUUGUGAGGAAUUACCCUUACCAACGAGCACAACGCCCAUCUCUACCACAACUCCAGCAAUCUCGACCACAACUGAAGAUGAUGGUGUAUGCGGCCCAUCGCCGGAAUUUAUAGCCGAUGACUAUUGUCAGUCUUUGGGUAAUGGAUUCUAUAAGUAUGAUUAUGACUGUCAAGGUUAUUUGACAUGCAAAAAUGGUUGCACUUACCUGGAUUACUGUAUAGCUGAUAAAUUAUUUAACACUUGGCUUCACAUUUGCGAUACGCCCAGCGCCGUGGACUGUACGCCUUUGCCCUAUCCCACGACGUCGACAAGCGGUCAGACCACAGAGUCAACAUCAAGUCUGGGUACAGCGACCACAGAGAGUACGUCGAUUUCGACAACUGAGAUGGCUUCAACAUCGACAACCACAUCGACGCCAGUUACUUUGCCACCUGAUGUCAAUCCUGAUGCUUGCAAGGACUUAAAUGAUGACCAACUUAUACCAUAUGCGGGAAAUUGCUCGCAGUUUUUAUAUUGUGAGAAUCACGAAGUGAAAUUAGGUGAAUGUCCUAAUUCGAUGCUUUUCAAUCCGGAUUUCAUGUGUUGCGAUGAGCCAGAUGAUGUUUAUUGCUAUGGUGAUCGUACCACUACCACGCCAAAAACAACAACACCAACCACCACAACUCCAAGUACUACAACUACAAUUGCAACCACUCCUACUCCUACUCCAACGACAACGACAACGACAACAAAGGCUACUACUUUGGGGCCAGACGAGUUGUGUGCAAAUGCCGAGCUAUCGACAUUUUUCCCAUAUCCCGAGGAUUGUACAAAAUACUAUAUUUGUUUGGGUGAAGGUCGUUGGUAUUUGGCCAAAUGUAUAUCCGGAUACUAUGAUCCAAAGACUGGGGAAUGUGGUCCAGAUGUAUCACCUACAGCUUGCAAGGAGCAAGAUACAACAACAAGUCCCGCAACCACUGUAACAACAACCACAGAGGCUGCAACUAGAACCAGCACCACAAGCGGUAGCACCCCUACUCCCACAACCACCACAGAGUUGGCAACAACAACCACUUCAGCUCCAUCUAGUGGAGGCGUGUGCUCCGAUCACGAUCUUGAUGAUAUGGUGGCCUAUCCCAAUAACUGCAAGAAAUAUAUAGUCUGUCGUUCACCCAUUCCCAUUGCCUUCUAUUGCCCAGAUGAUUCAUAUUAUAGUUCCGAGCUACAGCAAUGUACCUCUUGGGAAGACAGCGAUUGCGAUAAGGGUGAAUCAACUACAACACUCACACCUGGUUAUACACCAGCACCAACAAUGUGCACAAAUAGCACACGUGACACUUUCCCUUAUCCGGAGAAUUGUCAGUGGUUUAUACGCUGUGUGGAUGAUUAUAUCUAUAUGAUGGAUGUCUGCAAUUGUGGUGAAUACUACGAUCCCAUAACAGAAAAGUGUGGUCCGGAUGUGCCAUCGGAUGCUUGUCGUUGGGAUUAUACAUCAACCACUACCAAUACGCCAGCAUCGACAACAACUCCCGAGGAGAGCACAACAGCUGUGACUAGACCGCCACCUCAGAAGGGUCCUUGUGAUGAUGCGGAAGAUGGCCAAUUAGUGCCCUAUCCCAAUGACUGUACGAAAUAUAUUAAAUGUGAUCGACCCAUAGCAGUCUCCGGCGAAUGUGAUGAAGGCGAUGAAUUUAGUGUGGAAUUUGGCAAAUGUGUUGACGCUGAGAUAGCUGGUUGCAGUGUCACAACAACCAGAAAACCAUCCACAACUGCAGGACCGAUCACAACAGACGGAACUACAACUCCUAGGACUACUGAGAGCACUACAAGAAUCACUACUGAAAGCACAACAAAGAUCACUACACAGUCUUCUACAGAGAGCACAUUAGAACCUUCUACAGAGAGUACCACAGUUAAGACUACAGAGAAGACCACGGAGAGCUCUACAGAUGGUACCUCGACAAGUUCUCCUAGUCCAACAACAGAUAGUCCAACAACAACUACUGAGGAACCUUCAGGUGGUGGCAUUUGUUACGGAAAACCCGAAUAUAGUUGGGUACCGUAUCCAAAUAACUGUAGCAAAUACAUCGAAUGCCAGUCCCCGAUACCAAUUGGCUUUGAUUGUCCCGAAGGUUUGGAAUUCAGUCCUACUGAAUUUAAAUGCAUGGAUCCAGAAUUAGCUAACUGUAGUCCCAAAGCAACCACAUCCGAUUCAACAACUGGAACCACUGAGUCGUCUUCGACUCAGAAACCAACUUCUACUACAGAGAACUCUACAACGGAAUCAACGACUCCUGAACCUUCUUCUACCACACAGUCUUCUACCACCGAAUCUACUACAGAAUCAACAACUCCUGAACCUUCAACCACCACAGAGUCUUCCACCACAAAGUCUUCUACGCCAGAAUCUACCACCGAGUCUACCACUCCUGAACCCUCUUCCACCACAGUAUCAACGACUCCUGAACCUUCUUCUACCACAGAAUCAAGUACACAUGAACCUUCUUCCACCCCAGACUCUUCUACCACAAAGAUUUCUACGACAGAAUCUACCACGGAGUCAACCACUUCUGAACCUUCAUCAACGACUACUUCCACCACGGAAUCAACGACCUCUAAACCUUCUUCCACCACUGAAUCUUCUACUACUGAAUCAACAACUCCUGAACCGACUUCAACUACCUUACAUCCUAAUACACCAAAUAUUUGUUGUGGUUAUCCCUUGGGAACAUUUUUACCCUAUCCCAAUGAUUGUAGUCGCUAUGUAAUAUGCGAUUAUCCCAUUCCCUAUGCUGUAUAUUGCAUUGAGGGGACAUAUUACAAUAAACAACUACAACAAUGUACCGAAACGGCUAAUGAGAACUGCUAA